UUUCCAGCUGAUAUAUCAGAGCCGACUCCUGAGAGCAGACGUAUCUGAAGCUGUCAGGGAGGAACCAUGGCUACCAUCUCUAAACCGGACCCUGGACUCUCUGAGGAACCUGGGGACGCGUCUUUGGACCGAAGGGAGCGCAGGAAGAGAGGAUCUGCUGGUAGAGCAAAGAAGAAGGCUAACUUCAGACGCCGUGGAAGCCGUCAGAGAGUAACAAUGGUCACCAUCUCUGAACCGAACCCUGGACUCUCUGAGGACCCUGAGGACACGUCUUUAGACCGGGAGGAGAUCAGGAAGAGAAGAUUUGCCCUAUGGUUUCACAUCACUGUCAUUGUGAGCAUCGGACUGCUGAGUAUUCUCCUCAUCUCCCUGCGCUUCAACUCACCGUCACCCUGGAAAGAGGGGAGAGAGAACUUACUGGAUGAACUCGAUGAAUUGACACUUCAGGGCUGGAUGCUUCACGACAAGAGUUUCUACCGUGUUUCUACUACUAAGAAGGGCUGGAGGGCCAGUAGAGAAGACUGUCAGAAGAGAAAGGCAGACCUGGUGGUCAUCAACAGCAGAGAAGAACUGGUGUGUGUGUGUGCGUUUGUCAGCAGAUUGAUGGGUUCUUCCUGGAUUGGACUGAGUGAUCGAGAGAAGGAGGGGACCCACAAGUGGGUGGAUGGUACCCCCAUGACCUCAAGUUGGAGACACGUUAAACCACGCGAUGACGGCGGAGCAAGAGACUGCGUCGUAGCAGGGGAGGACGGCUGGUCUGAAGAGCCGUGUAACAGACUGCACCACUGGAUCUGUGAGAAGGUCCUAGACCUGGAUCAUCUGGAGGCUGAGCGGAACAAAGAGGGUUCAGUGAUGCCCACGGAGGAGGAGGAGGCCCCCAGCAUCACAGAGUUCCACUCCUCUACCCACGUGUUGCCCGUGGGCCAAACGGCCCGCUACACCUGCCACGCCGGCGGCACGCCGGAGCCCACAGUAGAGUGGCUCCACAACGGCAGGCCCCUGGAGAGGGACGGCACAGAUGACCAAUCAGAGGCCUGGGUGGAGAGGGGCUUCCUCUUCGUCAGAGGUGGGAGGUACGGCGUGAACACGGUCUGCUGUGUGGCGAGCAACAGCGCUGGCACGGCCAAUCACAGCGCUGAGCUGCUUGUCUUUGAUGAAUUGACACUUCAGGGCUGGAUGCUUCACGACAAGAGUCUCUACCGUGUUUCUACCACUAAGAAGGGCUGGAGGGCCAGUAGAGAAGACUGUCAGAAGAGAAAGGCAGACCUGGUGGUCAUCAACAGCAGAGAAGAACUGAACCAGGUUUCCAGGUUUGUCAGCAGAUUGAUGGGUUCUUCCUGGAUUGGACUGAGUGAUCGAGAGAAAGAGGGGUCCCUCAAGUGGGUGGAUGGUACCCCCAUGACCUCAAGUUGGAGACACGUUAAACCACGCGAUGACGGCGGAGCAAGAGACUGUGUCGUAGCAGGGGAGGACGGCUGGUCUGAAGAGCCGUGUAACAGACUGCACCACUGGAUCUGUGAGAAGGUCCUAGACCUGGAUCAUCUGGAGGCUGAGCGGAACAAAGAGGGUUCAGUGAUGCCCACGGAGGAGGAGGAGGCCCCCAGCAUCACAGAGUUCCACUCCUCUACCCACGUGUUGCCCGUGGGCCAAACGGCCCGCUACACCUGCCACGCCGGCGGCACGCCGGAGCCCACAGUAGAGUGGCUCCACAACGGCAGGCCCCUGGAGAGGGACGGCACAGACGACCAAUCAGAGGCCUGGGUGGAGAGCGGCUUCCUCUUCGUCAGAGGUGGGAGGUACGGCGUGAACACGGUCUGCUGCAUGGCGAGCAACAGCGCUGGCACGGCCAAUCACAGCGCUGAGCUGCUUGUCUUUGAUGCCUGUGACCUCACACUGGACCCCAACACGGCCUACAGAGACCUCUCUCUGUCUGAGGACAACAGGAAGGUGACGCGGGGUGGAGUGGACCAGUCGUAUCCGGAUCACCCAGACAGAUUUGACUGGCAGCCCCAGGUGUUGGGUAGAGAGGCUCUGACUGGCCGCUGUUACUGGGAGGUAGAGUGGGAAGGAUGGGUUAGGAUAGGAGUGACAUACAGAGGAAUCACAAGGAGAGGAGGGGGUGAUGACAGCUGGCUUGGAUGGAACAACAAGUCCUGGAGUCUUGAUUGUUAUGAUGAUCAUUACUCUGUCUGGUACAACGGUAGACCAACAGUCCUCCCCCUCCCCCCCGCUGGCUCCACCAGAGUAGGAGUGUAUCUGGACCGGCCUGCUGGCUCUCUGUCCUUCUACAGAGUGUCCCCAGGUGGAGGAGGGUCCUCAGACACACUGACACACAUCCACACCUUCUGGUCCUCCUUCACCCAGGAGGACCUCCUCCCGGGGCUCUGGGUCUGGCGGUCCCCCCAGGGGGGUCCCUAGUGUGGUCCUCAGCCUCUCUGUGUCGGUUGUAGAAAGAGAGCGGGGGGCAGCAGGAGCCUCCCGGGGUUCUGGGGGGCGUCUCGGUGGUCCCUCAGUUGUAGAGAAAUGGGGGGGGGGGUCUGCGGGGUGCCUCAGGGGUGGAGGGGGGAGGGGGGGAGGGGGGAGGGCGGAGGGGGGGAGGGGGGGGGGUGGAGGGAGGGGGGAGGGUGCAGGGGGGGCACUUUGCACACACACAAACACACACGCACACAUACGCACACACACACACAUAUACAAACACACACCGACACACACACAGACUGACACAGAAACACACACACACACACACACCAAAAACACACACACACACACACAGACAGACACACACACGUGCACACACACAAAAACAAACCUACAUAAAAACACACACACUGAGAGGACUGACGACUCAGUGUCUCUGUGGCAGUUAUAGUCUCUCUCUCUCUCUCUCUCUCUCUCUCUCUCUGUCUCUCUGUCUCUCUGUCUCUCUCUCUCUCUCUCUCUCUCUCUCUCUCUCUCUCUCUCUCUCUCUGUCUCUCUCUCUCUCUCUCUCUCUCUCUCUCUCUCUCUCUCUCUCUCUCUCUCUCUCUCUCUCUCUCUGUCUCUCUGUCUCUCUGUCUCUCUGUCUCUCUGUCUCUCUCUCUCUCUCUCUCUGUCUCUCUGUCUCUCUGUCUCUCUGUCUCUCUCUCUCUCUCUCUCUCUCUCUCUCUCUCUCUCGAUAAACCAUGAAAAGGCUUUUAAGGUCUCCCAUAGUUAGAUAAGCACAUUUAUUACUUGAAAUGUACAUAAAAUAUCUAUUGAUGGUCAAUCUUUAUAUAUUUUCAGACUUCACCAGUUUAAGUCUUAAGGGCACUUAUAUCAUAAUUUUUUGUCAUAAUCCUGAUUUGCGACCUGAUUUAAAGCAGAUGUUAUGUUUUAUUCAUAAUAACCAAGAUAUCUAUGGGAUAAUGUUGCAUGUUGUAAAUGACUUUAAACUGAAUCUUGAUUUUUUGUGUUCUGUUGGGAACCAAGCGGUCGCAGAACAUGUUCAGUUAUUAAAGAUACGUGCUCACCUGUUGAUGAUUUGUAAAGUCUGCUGCUUCUUUUGUUUUAGUCCUCGUGUUUAUUGUGUUCAUGUAAGGGACUAUUUUUCUGUCUUUUUUGUUAAUGAAGCAUAAUUGUAAUAAACAACUCAGUGGAUCCAACUGAA